AUGCCAAUGGGUGAAGUAACUACCACCACAUCUCUCGUCGUGGCCGUCUCCGCCGCUGCUGCCGCUGCUUACAUCGUUCAGCGUCAGCAGAAGAAGAAGAAAAGCAAGAAAAUAAUCAAAGCCCUUCCCUUCCCAACAAAGCGUACACCGCUCAAACGUAUCCCACUGGAUCAAUUGCCUAAACUCAAAAACGAUCUGCUGCUUCGUGCACUACGAGGCGAUCGUACAGAACGUGUACCCGUGUGGUGUAUGCGGCAAGCUGGACGUCAUUUGCCGGAAUUCCGAGAGCUGCGCAAUCAAGGGUAUGACUUUUUUACGAUGUGUGAAGUACCGGAGCUGGCAGUAGAAGUGAGUCUGCAGCCGUUACGACAGUACCAUAUGGAUGCUGUAAUCAUCUUCUCGGACAUUUUAGUCAUUCCUCAGGCCAUGGGUAUGAAGGUUACAAUGGUGCCUAAUGUGGGACCGGUGCUACCUGAUCCGAUUCGUACCCCCGAGGAUAUCAACAAGCUUGAUUUGAAUCCAAAUAUUGAGGACAAAUUGGGCUACGUGCUGGACGCACUCAAUUUGGCUCGACAGGAAAUUAAGGGCGAGGUGCCGCUGAUUGGUUUUGUAGGUGCUCCUCUUACGCUCAUGUGCUAUAUGAUUGAGGGCAGUGGUAGCCGCACCAAGGCGCUGCUCAAGACUUUUUUGUACCAGCAACCAGAGGCAGCUCACAAACUCUUACAGGGCAUCACAGAUGUCUGUGUGAACUUUUUGCUGGCGCAACAGCGUGCUGGUGCACAGGCGUUACAGGUUUUUGAAACUGUUGGAGCAGAGGUACUAACCCAGGAUCACUUUUACGAAUUCGUCUUCCCAUACCUGGUUCAGAUCGCAAACCGUGUGAAGGCCGAGACUGACACACCGAUGGUGUGCUUCUGCAAGGGCACGCAGUACGCAUACGAAAAGCUUGUGACUACCAAGUAUAACUGCAUUGGGCUGGACUGGCAGUCGGACCCUGUCGAGGUACGCCGGCUUGCUCAUGGUCGCGUCUCACUGCAGGGGAACUUGGACUCGAGUGUGAUUUAUGCGUCUCCAGACAUCAUUUAUAACGAAGUGAAGAAAAUGCUUAAACGCUUUGGCACACAAAAGUAUGUGGCCAACCUUGGCCACGGCUGCUUUCCGGACAUGGAGCCGGCGCAUGUGGAUGCUUUCAUCAAGGCGGUGCAGGAGAUCUCACUCGAGAUGAAUUCGCGUUAG